UUACAGAUGAAGUGAUUUCCUGCAGGGAUAUAUCUAACAACAACUUCAUAGGUGCUACUCAGUCAACCAUUUGUCCAUCCUCAGACCCGAACAUGCUUGCAAGCUACUCUUCUGUACAGGACAAAUUAAUCCGGCCAUGCCUACGAAAAGGUUUCCCUUGUCCUGUAGAACCAAAAAAUUACAAGCUGUUUAUAAAUUGUGGAGGCAGAAAAAUAACUAUUGAUGGGGAGGAAUAUGAAGAAGACUUGGUAGGAAAAGGCAGUAGUAUGUUUGAUGAAAGGGAGAAGUGGGCUGUUAGCAGCACAGGGACCUUCAUGGACAAUAAUGGUACUCUUCGUGAUAUUUACGUACCCAGGAGUAUGUCCAAUCUUUUAGCCCAGAAAAACAUUGAGUUGUACAGUACGGCACGUGCUUCUGCCAUGUCCCUUUCAUAUUAUGGGCUUUGCCUCCAGAAUGGUAGCUACACUGUUGACCUCCAUUUUGCUGAAAUACAAUUCACUGAUGACCACACUUUUAGCAGCCUUGGGAAACGCAUAUUUGAUGUGUAUAUUCAGGGCAAGAAAGUACUGACUGAUUUCAACAUAAGGACGGAAGCAAAGGGUCCAGGUAUCGGUAUCAACAGAACCUUCACCACUGAUGUUACAGAUCACACUCUUGAGAUCCACUUCUAUUGGGCUGGAAAAGGGACCACAAGCAUCCCUUGGAGAAGUUUCUAUGGCCCCCUCGUGUCAGCCAUUAGAGUGACACCUAAUUUUAUCCCAGAGAUUGAUGGUGAUGACAAGUUUUCCACUGGAGCUAUUGUUGGGAUUGUGGUUUGUUCUUCCUUUGUGGUCUUCUUAAUUUUGGCCCUCCUUUAUAUGAAUUGCUAUUUGGGAGGCAAUGAUAAAGAGAACAAAGAAUUAAGAAGCCUUGAGCUUCAAACAAGUUACUUUAGCUUAAAACAGAUCAAAGCUGCUACAAAGAACUUUGAUCCUGCAAAUAUGAUUGGUGAAGGUGGCUUUGGGCCGGUUUACAAGGGUGUCUUGCCAGAUGGAUCAUUCAUUGCAAUUAAACAACUUUCAUCUAAAUCGAAGCAAGGGAACCGUGAGUUUGUCAAUGAAAUUGGCAUGAUUUCUGCCUUGCAGCACCCAAAUCUUGUAAAGCUAUAUGGUUGUUGUAUAGAAGGCAAUCAGUUAUUGCUAAUCUACGAAUACAUGGAAAACAACUGUCUCUCACGUGCUCUCUUUGGUCCAGACGAGUCCCGGUUGAAACUAGAUUGGCCUACAAGACUCAAGAUUUGCAAAGGAAUAGCAAGAGGCCUGGCUUAUCUUCAUGAAGAAUCAAGACUGAAAAUUGUUCACAGAGACAUCAAGGGCACCAAUGUUCUCCUUGAUAAGGAUUUAAAUGCCAAGAUAUCUGAUUUUGGUUUGGCAAAACUUGAUGAAGAGGAAAAUACCCACAUCAGCACAAGAAUCGCAGGAACAAUGUAA